AACAACCCGUAUAGCCUUUAGGUCCGUGAUAGUUGACAAAAAAAGCGUUUAAGCCCGUGGUCCGAGCCCGAACCCAAAUCCAAGCCUAUCCUAACUCGUAACAAAGUGAAUUCGAAUCUCUAUCUGGGCAACAUUUUCUCGAUUUGAAAAAGCGAACCAAGCGCGGCAUUAUUUCUGCAACUGCAACCACUUCACGUAAUUGAUCUCUCUUCACCGGAACCCUAAACAAACCCGCAAGAAAACCCAACCUUACCGGAAUGGAGAACCGGACUAGGGUUCGUUGCCCGGAGAACGAAGAACUGGCGUCGUUCAUGUGGAACAAGUGGAAGGAAAUGUCGGCGCAACCGAAAGGUCUUUCUGAUAACAUUGAAAUGACACUUUCUAAGGCUCAUUUCAAUGUCUGUAACUCCAAAAAUCCUAUUCGAACCAUCAAAGAUUUCUCGGAAAUUAAGGGUGUGGGGAAAAUGAUAUUGAGGCUCAUGCAGGGUUUUUUUGGGACUGGUUCCGGAGGUUGUGAACCAGAUGACUUGACCAAAAAGGGAAAGAAAACUAAAGGAACCAAGCGCUAUGUGCCUCAAAGGAACUCUGUAGCUUAUGCAUUAUUGAUAACCCUUUACAGGGGAACUUCAAAUGGGAAUGAAUAUAUGCGUAAACAGGAGCUCAUCGAUGCUGCUGAAGCCAGUGGGUUAUCUCGAGCACCAAUUGCACAAGAAAAAGGGAAAGGAAAACCUGGACAUUUUGGAAGUUCUCCACAGGAUUGGUACAGUGGAUGGACCUGCAUGAAGACAUUGAUAUCUAAAGGAUUAGUUGUAAAAUCAAGUUGCCCAGCAAAGUACAUGUUAACUCAAGAAGGUAAGGAAGCAGCAUGUGACUGUCUUAAAAGAUCUGGAAUGGCGGAAUCUCUGGACAAGUCGGCUUCUGUUGAAAUUUCUUCUCGUAUGGAUAUUCAAAAUUCAUUAGAUAUGGAAAUCAACGCUCAUGAUAUGGAAUCAGAAGUGACAUCACCAUUGAACCAGAAAAAGAAGCCAGUUGAUGUUCCACUUGAUUCCCUUGAGAGGUUUACAAACAUGGGUUACUCCAAGGAGCAAAUUAUUAGUGCUUUUGAGGAUGUUUCUAGAAGCCAUCCAAAUAAAGAUAUCUCAUCUCUGUGGCCAGCGGUUUUAUGUCAUCUUCGGGAGGAGCAAGUCUAUGGUUCACAGCCAAAAUCUCAAAUAAUGAGUGCUAAUACUGUUGUAAAUGGUCCAAAAGGCCCCAUUGGAAAAGCAAGCAGAACAGUGAGCUCAUCCUCUGGUGGGAAUGUGGCAAAUUCAUGUUCUCCUGAUAUUCCACCUUUUACCAUGAGAGCUUGCUCAUCAACUAAUCAUACUAUGCAAAAUCCAAACAAGGAUGAGCUUGAAUCAAAGGUGAACAUUUUAAGUGUGCCACCUUUGAGCUUGGGGGAGAGAUUUGAGGAUGCUUAUGAAGUAAUUUUAAUAUUGGAUGAUCGGGAGCAAUUUGCUACACAGGGAUCGCGAUCUAGAAAAAUUAUUGAGAAUAUAUGUAGCAACUUCAAAAUCCAAAUAGAGGUUCGGCGAUUGCCAGUUGGAGAUGGAAUUUGGAUAGCGCGCCAUAAAACUCUUGGCAGUGAAUAUGUGUUGGAUUUUAUUGUUGAAAGGAAGAAAAUUGAUGAUUUACGCAGUUCCAUUAGGGAUAACCGCUAUAAGGAUCAGAAGUUAAGACUUGUGAGGUGUGGACUGAGGAAGCUGAUAUAUCUCGUUGAAGGUGAUCCAAAUUCUUCUGAAGCUGCUGAAAGCAUAAAAACUGCCUGUUUUACAACAGAGAUUUUGGAGGGAUUUGACGUACAGAGAACAAGUGGUUUAGGUGAUACUCUUAAGAAGUAUGGUCAUCUUACCCAAGCAAUUGCUCAAUAUUACAAGUCGGGAUUUUUUGAAGACAAAUGCCCUUCAACUUGUCCUCCUUUUGAUGAAUUUAUUAGAAGAUGUCAAGACCUUGAAAAAAUGACAGUUAGUGAUGUAUUUGCCAUCCAGCUUAUGCAGGUCCCACAGGUUACAGAAGAGAUUGCCAUGUCUGUGUUGGAUUUGUAUCCCACACUUCUGUCUCUUGCCCGUUCAUAUUCACUACUUGAUGGCGAUUCUCGUGCACAAGAGCAAAUGCUUCAAAGACAAAGUAAUAAUGUCAUCAAUGCAGCUGCCAGUAGGAACAUUUUCCAGCUUGUUUGGGGUAGCAGCUGACUUGCAUUUCCCUCUCAAAUGUGAGAUUUUGGAUGUGAAUCCACUAAGCAAAGGUUAAUACCAUUUUUUUUUUACGUUAGUACGUUCUCUUUAUUGUAUGUGUAUGUAAAAUUAUAUUAAUUUACAUUGUAACGUUUUAGUUAAGCAGUCAUCUGUAUAUUUUGUAAAAAAAAAUCCUGUACAACACCAAUCAAAGUAUUUUUCCUAUUGAGUAGGAUGAGUUACAUGAAUCAAAUGAUAGAAUCUCUUAUCAUAAGAUUUGAGAAUUAAUAUUUGGUGACA